GUGUCACUGUUUACUGUUUGGCCGUGCACUAAUAUUUACAAUUUUUAUGUAUUUAAUUGCUCUUAUUCAAUAAAUUGCAUAUGCUCGAUAUUAUGUACAAAGUUUUAUUAAUAAUUUAAAAAAUAGAUUAUAAAAAUGCUGCCAGGUAUAGGUGUUUUUGGAACUGGCGCUGUAGCCAAGGUGUUAGUGCCAUUCCUUCGAGAAAAGGGGUUCCCAGUUGAAGCUAUUUGGGGUGUGACGCUCCCAGAAGCAGAAAAUACUGCGAAAGAGCUAAAAAUACCUUUCUUCACAAAUAAAAUUGACGAUGUCUUAUUGAAAAAAAAUGUUAGCUUAGUUUUUAUAGUAUGUGCUCCGAACUUACACGCGCAAAUAUCUGUAAAGGCACUAGGAAUAGGAAAGCAUGUGGUUUGCGACAAACCUGCCGGCCUAUGUCAAGCUGAGGCAUUAAAAAUGGUGCGGGCUGCACAGUAUUAUCCAACACUUAUAUCUAUUAUAAAUCACUCAUUGAGAUUUUUGCCUGCAUUUAGUCACAUGCGCAAAUCUAUUCUUGAGGGCUAUCUGGGCAAUCCAGGAGAAUUAACCUUAAUAGAUGUGAGAGUACAAAUGGGUUCACUGCUUGGAGACACAUAUAAUUGGUUGUGUGAUGAUACUAUGGGUGGAGGCACUUUAACGUUAGUUGGUAGUCAUGUCAUAGAUUUAGUUUCAUACUUAAGUGGCCAGAAGGUUGUUAAAGUACAUGGUGUACUCAGAACAUUUGUAGAAGAGACGCCAAAAAUUAAUGGAAUUAGAAAAGUGACUGCACCUGACUUUUGUACAUUCCAACUGCAAAUGGACAAAGGCCUUUUGGUAACUGCAACUUUAAAUAAUCAUUUACCAGGAUUAUGUUUUAAUCAGGAGAUAUAUGUGUAUAGCAAAAAGGGAUACUUAGUGGUCCGUGGAGGAGAUUUGCAUGGGAAAUUACAUAAAACUAUUUCUAAAAAUGUAGACGAGGGCAAAAGGCAAGAUAAAGAAGAAGUUAUUUAUGUAGAUAUUGAAGACUUGAGCUGUGCAUCAAGUGUCAUUCCAAAACCAUAUAUAAAGGGGUUAUGUAAAAUGAUUAGUGCAUUAAAGGAGGCAUUUUUGCCUGUUAAAGAGCAAAUGGAUUGGGUAAAAGAGCCAGUAAGAGCUGCAGCAACUUUCGAAGACGGCCAAAGAGUUCAAGCGACUAUGGAAGCAUUACGACAAUCCAAUGAAGAUGGUAGAUGGAUUUCAGUACAACUGCUUACAGAAACUCCUGAUCCCAACCCAGCAUUAUCUGCUGCUGUUCGACGCACAGCUAUUUCACUGCAGUAGUGAGGAUUAUGCCAUUGAAUGUACCUUUUCUUUUUAUAGAUAAGUUUUGCAUUGUUAAGUAUAUGCCAGUA